AGAAUAACUUGUGUUUGCAAGCUGACAGCGCGACAAUAACGUUGCAGCGUUAGAUGGGCCGCCCAUUCUUGGAGUAUGUAAAGGACGGUUCAACGAAAUACACCUGCAGGUGUUGCAGCUGCGACGUUGCCAGCUCAUCCGGGCUCGUGUGGCAGGGAGUGAUGGGAGCUGCGAGGCAGCCGGCAGUGCUUCUGAGGGACACAGUCAACCUUGAACCCCUGGGCGAUGCGCGCUCUGAGCGGCUUAGCAGCGGCAGGUACACCCUUGUAGACGUGACAUGCCGAGGAUGCGCGACCAUUCUCGGCUGGCGCUACCAGGAAGCCAAGAACCGGGACGAGAAAUACAAGGAGGGCUGCGCGCUGCUGCAAAUAUCUCUGCUGAGUGCGGUGGACAUGGAAGGGGACUCCGAUGUAGACGUGCCCUGCCCAGCGCACAGAACAGCGCCACAGCGCAGCAUCGCCACGCAGUGCUGAGCUGGCGCUCGUGCAGGGUUAUGUAAUGGUUACACAACCUCCUGAGGUGGCAAAAGGGGCGCGCACUGCUGAGCUGGCGACCGCGAAAGGUCAUGUGAUUGUGACACCAUGUCCUGAGGGGGCAAAAGAGCCUGUAUUGCUGAGCUGGCGUGUGCGCAGGGGAAUUGUAAGGGUUUUACUUGUCAUCCAAGGGGCAUGCAAUCCAGCCCUGCAGGGUUGUUGGGUGCUCUGUGAUCCUGAUAACCAAGACUGCAGGUCUCUGCUGCCAGUGUAUACACUACAUAGCGGGCACAUAGCAGGGGCAUGCAGUGCCAAAAUCUGCACUGUUCAAUGUAGCAGGCUUUUUGCUUUGUAUCAUGAUGUCUGAUUUGAUCUUAAGAGAUAAGAAACACGUGUAGUAUGUAGAC